AUAUGAAUCGAAAAAAAACACUCCGGUUCGCUGCAUUUGUGAACUCGGGAAACACAUGUUGAGUGUUGAUUAUCACGUGUAGAAAGUUAUUUUCCCCACACCCGCAUUCUAACUAGCACACGGGAAAUUGCUGCAUCAGUCGUGUGUUGAACUCCAUCCCGUUCAGAGUUGCCAGAAUGUUACCGGUGAAAGUAUGUGGCUUCUGCAGCUUGGCGCUGAUAACCGUGUCCUUUCUAACGAUGGACCAUUUCGCGAGCGGCUUCAAACACAUCUCGCCAUGGUCCGACGAGAAGAAGUCCGUCUGUAGCAGCAACAAUCACAAACUGCUGUCGCUAUUCAACUUGCUGUGCAACACCACUCAAACGACUUCGGUCACAUCGCGGGACGCUUGCUACGGGUGUUUCUUCCGGGCCGGAGCGCUCCCGGCGGGACAGACCCAGCUGAUGGCGAUCAGUCAGUGUGCGACGAUGUAUCUGAUGAACACUAGCUACGCGCUGUGUGCGGCUUCGCUGGCGGCGAUCGUCACCGGAAUGCGACCGACCACGGCUCCCUCGCCGACCACCAACUGCUACACCGGCUACUGCGAGUUCGUGCAGUGCAUCCGGCGGGGGAACGCCAACUCGCUCAUCAACCAGUGCAUCCUGCAAACUCUGCCCAACCGCGAUCUCAACGUGGAAGCCCAGCGUGUAGGAUUCUAUCUGAACGCCACAUCCUGCAUCCUGGCGAGGGUUCGCUGUGACGCCUACAAUCCAAUCACGGGGGAACUACAAACGCCACUGGGACCCAGCAGCCCCACACACGGAGUAAGAAAUACUGACCCACUAGCGAACUCCCUGCAGAUAUCCCCAGCGGGGGACAUCAGGGUCAUCUCGUUCCCAACGAAGAUAAUGGUGGCGGAUCUGUUCUGCACAGCCCGAGCCACGCUAGAUCAAUCGACAUUCGGAAAUUCCGUUUGUUGAUGAAACUCAGAAGACUGCCCGCGCGGCAAGGAUGUCAUCCAUCGAGUGCCACCAUCCGGUGUGUGUGGUUUUGAUUAAAAAUCGCUUUAUUCACAUUACUCCUCCACAAAUAAUCCUCUACAGUCUACUCCUUCUAUGCUGUCGCCAUUAAAUUCGCUCCGCGCGCUUGAAGCGGAAAACGUGUCAUGAAGCAUUCUCUACAACUAAACGCUCACAGUUUUCCUCUUAUUUUGUUACUAAUUUUGGUUAGCCGAGGCUACGCCGGGGGCGCCCUUUAUGGACGCCGCCGGAAUGUGCCACGUCCAUUGAAAGAUUGAACGAAUUCAGCAGAAAAAGAGUAAGGGGGGGAUUACUACUAACAUAUAAGGUAUAGUUGUCUUGUUUUAUUGCGACUUUAGUUUUUGCCUGCUUUCAUAAACCCUUCACAAAUAAACACUAGAUUACAUAUACGUACUUUAAGUUUACUCCGAAUGGUACACUCUUUCCUCUCGUCUCCAUGUUUUUACUUUAUUUUAUACAGUUCUUACUUUUUUUACAAAAUAGAUUCUGUUUCUCAUCUCUGGUGCGCGAAACGAGAGUGUUCCGUUUCGAGAGAGAUGACAAAAUCCUUGAUUAAGUCUACGCCUCCGAAUUAAUAGAUUUUUUUUGUUCAACAACAUACACUUUCUCCUACAAAAAAAGAACGUCUCGCGUUUUAUCGUUGUUUUUUUAUGUUAGCGUAUAAAAAGUUCUAAGGGAAGUUACCCAUUUUUUUAUAUAUAUGUAUAUAAACAAAAACAGAAAACAAAAUGUAUAAUCACAGUUCAAUUAAUUGUUUGUUCUUUCCAUCGCUUGUUGUUGGGUUUCCUAUUGCAAAAUUGCUUUCGGCCGAUAAGAAAAGGGGGUUGGCCGAUUUGUGGGAAUGUCACUAACUAUUGCUUCUUGGUUUUUGUGUUUAUUUUAAUUUUCCUGUGCGAACUCAAGGGUUCUAAAAGAAGUAACUAAAAAAAAUUGAGCAAAUGGGGGGUCGCUGAUAACUAAUAAUCCCUCACACCACACCCGGCAGGAGGUGCCUAGCUAGAGCGGAACUUAUUUUAAGGAUUGAAAUGACGAGAAUGUGGGGGAAUUUUUGGAUGAACGUCACGCCGUUUGACGUUUGACCUGCCACUCUCUGUCGCACUCUUUCUCUCACUCACACACUCAUUCAAAAUUGUCUCCGCGCAGGCCAAUGCAACAUACUGUCAAAGGGUUCGGGACGCAGCGUGUGAUGUUUUGUUUACUUUGAAAAUUAAGGUUAUGCUCUUUGUGUGCGACAUUUAUCACUCUACUGGGGAAAGGCGCGUUGCAACGAUACUCGAAUGAGAGCCGGCCGCCGGAAAACGGACCCCUAAAAACACAAAAACCCACCCUAACCUAUGAUAAAUGUACACAACAAGUUCGAUGAUGGUAUGCGGGAGUGGACACUCUCAUAUAAAUUAAUGAAUUUUACCGUAAACUCGUAAACACACGAUCUACAUUGCGAGCUCUAGCCUCGCUUGAACUUAAGCACAAGCAGUGUCACCACCAGGAAUACAGCGAUCCAGGCGAUCGUGGACGCGAAGCCCAGAUAUACAUCCUCGUCCAGUAUGCUCCAGCCGCGGGUAAGGAUGGACCGCAGGGAGGAUGUGGCCAGCGUUAGGGGGAGACACAGGGAUACAUACCUUAGAACCACCGGCAUACCCUCGAUCGGCCAGAUCACUCCGGACAGCAGAAGAGUCGGAUAGAAGGACCCGAGUGCGAGCUGGAUCGCGUUCCGCUCCAGUUCACAGGUGGCUGAAAUGACGAACCCAAAGCACAUACCACAGAGACCCUGUAGAAUGGUUAGCAGUACGAUCCAGACGACUUCGCCAUUGUUGGUGACACCGAAUACGAGGAUCAUGAACACGAGAACCAGCGCCGUUUGGCCGCACAUCACCACAAACUGCGUGACCACGUGGGAGAACAAAAUUUCACCCGGUGUGACUCCGGCAACCCACGAACGAUCCAGUAGACCUUCGGUCCUCUCGAUGAUAAGCGCAGAUGAUGUCAACGCGACGGCCAGGAAGAAGACGAUUCUGGAAACGAACGGAGAAUGGUUUUAAUUGCUGAAGCUGCCCUGAAUCGAGUGAAACUCACGUCAAGAUCACACCAGGAGCGACGAAGUCUGUGAAUGAGGGAUCAUUCGUUCCGUAGAUGGGGUCCUUGAAUUGGAUCGGAACAUCACCAAGCUUUGGAUUAUUGUCGCAAACCCGCAGCAGCUCCUGCGCAAACUCUCUGUAGGCCACCUGGAGGUCCCGGUUUAGCAUGAUACCGAUCUGCUGGUUGGACAUGUCUAGCCACACGCGAAUCUCCGACUGGUCCAGGGUUUCAUCAUCCGAGUCUCGACCUAGGAGAGAAAGCGAACGAUCAGCGUCAACGCCACGGAGCUGCGCUCUGUCGAAGCAACUCACCAAGCGCAAUUCUUGCCACCAAAGCGUCCGUGAAGUUGUCCGUAAAGUAGAGUGCACCCCAAGCGUUGCCUUGUCGUACCGCAUCCACUGCCGAGUCCAGAUCCGGAUAGUAGUUCUUCACGAUCGUCGAAUUUAGAUGGUUCAAGUAGCGACAGGAGAGGUUCGUGAAGCUGCAGCCCGCAUCGAACACACAAUCGCCGCUGUUGGUCGAGUUCAUUUCACCGUUCACGAUGGCCAUGUUCAGAUUCGUUGGAUCGCGCCCAAUCGCCAGACAGAAGAGAAUGACCUGCAUCACCGGUAGGGCAAAGAUGAACAACAUCACGCCCACGUUUCGCCACAUCCGGAGGAAGUUUUUCGUCAACAGUGCUUUCAGUUUUCCCCGCGUCGUGAACUGUGUGAGAGAGAGGUUGGGGAUCUUAGAUAUUGAAGGUCGCUAGACAGGACGGGGGACACUUACACUCGAACAGUCCGAACAUUCCGUACAAUCAUCGCAU